AUGGACUCGCCAACGAAGAGCAUCGCAUGGGACAACAACAGGAUCCUGGUCAACUCGACUCCAUCGGACAAGAGCCCAGCAACCAGUCCCCAGCAGGAGCAACAGGAAGACAGCGCGCAGGAAUCAUACAUGAAGGAGCUCCUCGCGGAAACACAAGCACCGCUGGCCGAGCUCUCGACGGCCUCCGAGCAGCCCAGUAGCCCCCUCUGUGCCCCGCCGGUCCGUCCCAGCAGCACCCGGCUUGCAGACGACCCGUUCCACACCGACUUGCACUUCCCCGACGGCCGCUCCUUCAGCUUGGGCCCGGAAACACAGAAGGCCCGGAUGUCCAUGGAGAACAACGCCCGGCUCCUCCAGCAGGAACUCUCGCUCGAGCACAGCUCCCUCUUCUCGCACUUCCAACCCGACUCCCAGCGCGCUCUGUCUGCCCCCAAUCACAGCCCUCCGACCCCCCCAGCCCUCUCCUCCCCCCAAAAAGACACCACAACACGGGCCGUCGAAAUAGAAGACUCGCACGAUGAAAGCAUUCCCGCCGCAAAAGGCAGAAAGAGCCCGCCGGCCGAAGAAGAAGACGAAGACGAAGCAACUGAGCGCUCCAUCCAUCCUCAUCACGCCAACCGAGACCCGCACAGGAUUCGAGAGGACACCCCCAGUCCACCGCCAUCUUCCUCAUCAGACGCCGGCCAGGACGGCGCGAUGGCUCUCCAAAGCACCUAUUCUGGGCAAGAAGCGCCGCACCCGCCGGACGUCACGCUCCACCUCACGCCCCUCGCUCACGCCUCUCCUCUCCCCGACGACACACUUCCCACUACCCAAGAGGACAAGCGUCCGGCGGCCGAAGACGAGCAGGCUCGCCACGGGAGUGCUCCUCAUCCGCAAGGGAAACGUCUGCUGAUCGAAGAAGAAGAAUCAGCAAUAGCGCCGGCCAAUCCAUCGUCAUCAGACACCGGCCAGGACGGCGCGAUUCCUCUGCAAAGUACCUAUUCAGGGGAAGACGGCGCACGCUCGCCGCACCCGCCAGACGUCACGCUCGACCUCGCCUUCGACCAGGACGGCCAGCUGGAAGACUCGCACGAGCUCGACUCGGGCCUCCCGGCCCCGCUCGGUCCGCGGUCCAAACCACUUUUCUUCGCCGGCCCAUCGACGCCGCGAUCCGGAAAACGAUCGGCCAGGCGCUCCGCAUCCUCGGACCCCCCGUCUGCGCUGCUCGACGCCUCGUCUGCCCGCGACGAGAGCACUCUGGCCAGAGGCGCAUCCCAGCCCGCUGCCCGCCGAGCCGAUACCCCCACACCAGACCCAGCUCCCGUCCCGCGCGCAAAGCCUACCCCGCUCGCUGGCUCGCAGGACUCAGCGGAGAGAAACGGGGGCCGGGCGGCGCACAGACACGCCACCAGUCCGGUCGAGCCGACUACUCGGAUGGACGCCCGUGUCUCGCCCGCCGACGCUAGCAUCAGCCGGGACGGUGCCCAGACGCCCGCAGCUGCUGGCCGCCUCCACGAAGACCCUGGCCACGAGCCGCCGGACCAAUCGGCACACGACGCCGGUCUCCCGCCCGGCUCUCAGCCGUCGUCGCCACGUCCGGACGGCCUGUCCGGGCGUACCGAAACGGCUCGGGCAUCUCAGCUGCUGCAGAGGGGCGUCGAUGAGCACCCUCCUGCUGGACAAGCACAGUCUGGAUCGCAGCGGAGCAGCCCAGUCUCUGACGAACCCCCACGCAGUGACAUGCCGCCGCAGCGGGACGAUCCCGAUGUCGCCGCUCACCAGCCUCCCACAUCCCCAUCGGCCUCGCGAGACGAGUCUUCCACAGGAAGGAACGAACAGACCGGGCCGAUCGAGACCGCCGCCCAGGCCUCUCCCGCCGCGCCGGCCGCAGCCCCCGGCCCCGCGCCCACUCGGCGCCAAAGAAGCGUCCGCUCGGCCGGCCAGAAACGCAAGAGAGCUCACUUCCAACCCGACCUGGACACCCACCCGGCGCUCCCCGAAUCGGACGAGGAGGACUCGAUGCGGCUGGAGCCAAGGAGAGCGCGCACCGCGGCUGGCUCGCGCCGAGAUCCUCCAGCCUCCCGUCCGGCUCCCUCAACCAGGCCGGUCAAACAGACGUCCACCACUUCUCCCGUCGUCUCUGUUGUGGUCCCGCGGCUGCGCAAGGCCAAGGCGGCCCGGGCCGUGCGAAGCAAAGCCGUGCGGACGCCAGGGCCAGCGCCCUCGGACGCGCCUGCGGCCAUCCCGGUGCCCCGGGUGCUAGCGUGGCGGACGGACUGGGAGGCGUUUGGGCCGGGGACAGUGGUGUCGGUGACGCCGGACAAAGUGGUAGUGCGGUACGACGACGGGGUUGAGGAGGCGCGGGAGGUGGGGCAGCUGCGGCUGUGCCACAUCGGGGCGGGGGAUGUGGUGCAGUACAUCGGGACGGAUCUGGCGGAGGGCGAGUCGCAGGUGACGGGUGUGCGGAAGGCGAAGCGGGUGGUGCGGGUGGAGAAGGCGGAGGAGUGUGCGGGGACGCCGAUCAGCUCGCGGCACGACCUUCUGGUGACCUGCGAGGCGAGCGAGGACGGGUCGGCGACGGGGCCCGCAGGGGAGAGCCGGUUCCUGGUCGAGGCGGUCAUGCUCGUCCCGCCGGGCCCGCGCCGCCACACCGGGCUGAAGGACCGGCUGCUCCCGCAACAGAUCGUGCACGAGCUCCGCGAGCUGAUGAAGGCGCACAGCGGCGUGGGCAUGCGGGCCAAGCUGGCCGUCCCCCCGCCCCGCCCCGCCCCGCUGGGCGCCCUCUUCCACGGCCUCGGCAUCCUCCUCACCGGCGCCGCCCCGCCGCUCGCCCCCAGGCCGGCCUCCUCCCGCAAACCCACCCCUUCGUCCCCCACCCGCUCCCAGGUCGAGCAGCUCAUCCGCGACCACCACGGCCUCGUCAUCGCCAAGGUCUCCGAGCUCUACGAGAUCACCGGCACCGACCUGGCCCUCGACCCUUCCGAGCUCCCCGCUCCCCUCGACCCGGACCUUUCCUACCGCCUCUCGCCCGCCCCUAAGCACGAGAAGCUGCGGGCCAUCCUCCUCGUCGCCGACGCGCCGGUCAAAACGCUGAAAUAUCUGAUGGCUUUAGCCCUAGGGAUCCCGUGUGUGUCGACGAAAUGGGUGACACACAGCUGCGACCAAGGAUAUGCGCUGGACUGGGAGAAGUACUUGAUCGGCCCCGGGCCCUCCGUCUUCCUCGGCGCCGUCCCCGCCCUCGUCAACCUCCAGCUCCCCAUCCUCCACCGCCCCGCCCACCACCUCCGCGCCGUCUUCGACGCGCGCGAGCCGCUGCUGAUCCUGCGAGACAAGUCGGUGGUCUAUGUGUCUUCGAAGGCCAAGCCGAAGAGCGACUGGAACGAGACCGUGAAGCCGAUCCUGUGCGCGAGCGGGGCGACGCGGCUGGGCUUCGUGGAGACGAAGGGGCUAGCCGAGGCCGCGAAGCGGGGGGAUAUCCUCUAG